GUGGUCAACUCACUAUUUUUGAAAUCUUCCCUAUAAUUAUGUGGAAACGUUAGAGAAAAUUCCCAUCCCUUGGCGUUAGGAAUAGCUCCUUACAUCAAACUCCCUUGCCACAAUCCAAAACCCAUAGAUCUAUAAGCCUAAAACACCACCCCCCCCUUUCUUUUCACCGUUUCCUUCCAAAUCAUCCGGAGAAAACACGAUCAGUAUAAUAAAAAUGUAAAAAAAAAAAAAAAAAAAAACUAAAUCUCGUCGCCGCCUUCGAAGCGAAGCCAAGAAGACGUGGUUUUGAACCCCACCACCGAUCGACACUUCUUCUAUUCCGCCCCACGCCAACCUCGUCUCCUCCGGCGAUCUCGUUGGCCGGAUUCCGCCGAUGCCCGCUACGGCUGUCGCCGGAAUCUAAUUAGGCGUUCCCCCCUCGACGUCUUGGUGAGAUCCCCGCGCGCGCUCUCUCCCCCACUUCCUUAGCCUGCUUCCCUGCCCCCAAGCCUCCCGGUUCUGCUUUCAUGGAUCGGAUUAACCUAGGGCAUGGGAACGCCGGGCCUAGGAGCUCCCUUGGUGAAGCUUUUGAUGGUGGAUUUGCUUCCCCUGCCCCUUUUUUCCCUUCUCCCUACCUUCCCUCGGUUUCGGCCCCCGGGAAGCCGUCAACAGCCGCGGGGCUAUCCAGACCCCGGCUUGUGAAGUCGAGGAAGCAAUUCGCAUCGCCUCGGGUGAGGGCGGCUGUGAUCACCGAUGCGGAGGAUGGAUCCGGGUUCAACCCAUUCCGCUCAAGCAUGGGGGUCACACCAUCGGGCGCUCCGGAACGAAAUGAGGGUGGUGGAUUGCAGGGGCUUCAUGAGAAGCUCCACGGAUGCAAGCCAUUUGAUCCAAAAGCCGGUGAAAAGGUGCCUGGGAAUACGAAAUCGGGUAGUUUCGACUCUGUGAAGCAUGAGAUUCAUACUGGUGCUUCUGUCUUCGAGAGUGGUGAGGAGAAAUUCUCCGGCACAGGUCGGAGCACCGGAGAAGAUUCCAUGAAGCUAGAGUUUGCUGGUUAUGAGUCAAAACCAGUUAUGUCAAAUUUAGGAUAUGGGAGCACGGUAGAUUGUGCAUAUCAUUUUGGGCGUGAUGAUGCUGGUGUUUUUGUGUCUGGAAGUGCCAUGAAGGAAAAUGCUAUUUCUGGUCAAAACUUGCCUGAGGAUUUGUGUGUACCAAGUUUGGAUAAUUUUGUGUCAGUAGAAUCCGGAAGCUCUGGGUUUGCCUUUGGUCGUGUCUCCUUAUCGAAUUUGAGUAUGGAAAACAUUGGGUCUCAGAAUAAGGCAAGCAAUUCGGGUGUGUUUCCAUUUGGGUGUGAUGUGAAGAGAAGUACAAAGUCUCACCAGAUUUCAACAGCAGGUACCAGUUAUCCAGAGUUGGGCGGCUUUGAGUUCGGAAGGUCUGAAAGUGUUCCAUUUGUUUCUGAGUUAACCGAUGGUUCGACAAACACUGGUUCUGAUAAAAUAUCUGGGAAUCCAUCCACCUUCAAAGAUGAGCGAUGUGUGGAUUCUGUUUCCAGUUUGUAUGCAAGUGUAAGUGGUCUGAACAAAAGUGAUACGUUGAGUUGGAACAAGCCACAGAGCUCAGGGGUGCCAAGCAUGGGUAGUUUUUUACCUGCAAAGCCUGAAAAUGCUUUUGUCUUUGGUGCAAAUUCGGGGAAUUCAGAUUCAAGAAAUAGUGUCUCUAUGAGUAAUACAGGUACGUUUACUGAUGAAAGAAGUGGGAGUUCUGAUGCAUAUGAUACUGGGGUUCAGAGAAGUUCUAAUUCAAGAAAGAAGUCAUUUAAUGUUUCUGAUGAAGUUUUAUUCUCGGGUCUCCAUGGAGAAAUGACGAAACUGAAUUUGCAUAACUCUGGUGAUGAAGAUGCUUCUAAAGGGAGAAAACAAGCUUAUGAGAGGGCAAAGGAUAAUGUUGGUAAUUCUUUUCUGUUUGGUGGCAAUAUGACCACUCUAAGUUCCUUGGGUGGCUGUGAUGUGAACACAUUGUCGGAGGAGAUGAAGAAGGCGACUAUUGGGAGUACGAUGCCAUCACACAAUGUUAGGAAUGGAAGUCUGGAUAACCCAGAAGGUUUCUUUGUCUUCGGGUCCAAUAUGAAGAAAAGCUUCACUUCAUCUCAGACAUCAACCAUGUCUGAGAAGAGCUUUCCAUCAAAGAUUAUAAAUGUCAUGCAAAAGCUGAACAUCGAGGACUUCGAGGAUGAUGGUAACUUUAGUAGAAACAAAGAUGCUGAUUGCCAGUUUAAGGUAGUUGUCAUGGCAAAUGAUCCUGAUAAAGUUCUAUAUACAGGAGACACAAAUGUGUCUGCUUCUUUUGAUGGUAAUGCAGUUAAUACAUUAUAUAAUGACAUCAAAAUGUUGAACAUAAGGGACAAAACAGGAAAUUCAGAUGCCAAUGCAGAAAGAACUAGGAAUGUGUUCCCAAAUGCAUCUGCUUCUUCUAAACAUACUUUCGUGGUGAGCAACCAGGAGAAAAAUUCAAUUGGAGAUGAUUUUCGAUCAUCUAAAGUAGAUAGUGACUUUAGGUCCAGGGAAUAUGCUGAACCUACUUUUCAUCGGUCAUCAUCUGGCCAUGACCCCCGGUCUGUUGAGAUUGGCUUCAAUUUCACAAGCAUGCAAGAAGAAGUUGGAAUGUCACACAUGGAAUUUAGAAGCCCAAAAUCUGUUGCUCCUGGUUUAUCGAAGGAGAGUUUGUUUACUGGACCACGUUCAAAUAUGACAUUCGGUGGAAGAAAGGUAGAAUCUAAAGGUACAAAAACAAAGAAAAGAAAUGGUAAACCAAAGCACUCCAUUCCAUUGCAGCAGACCUUUGCUCAAACAUUUGUCUCCGUGGAAAAAGUUUUGGAAGGUAAGGAUCCAGAAUCUCUUGAUGGUUACUCACCGAUGGAUUAUUCUCCUUAUCAGGAGAAUUUAGUUGCUGAUCAAACUUCAAGAGAAGCUUCAAUACCGUCAAAUGAGUCCAUCCAUAUUGCAUCACCUAGUGCAUCAAUUGCGACGGAAAAUCCAAUUCCUGUAUAUGAAAGUGAAUUUCUUGUUUCUGCAACAGAACACUUGUAUAUUGCUGAAGAUGAUUUAACACAUGAAAAACCAAAUCAUAAUAAUUCCAGAUGUCAUGAUGAAAGUGAAUAUCUUGUUUCUGCCACACAGCGUUUGGAUAUUAAUGAAGAUGAUUUAACACAUGGAGAAAGAGAUCAUAAUGAUUCUAGAGAUCAUGUUGAUGAGGAAUUUGGUCUCGAAUGUUCAGAUGAUGGACAAAGAUGUGAACCUGAUGGGAAAACGGUUGUUUCCAAAUCUGAAUAUGAGGAUCUUGCUUGUGGAAGUAGCAGCACUUUAAUGGAAACAGAAACUCACCUUUUUGGUUCAGAGAUCGUCACACAAGCUGGUGAGAAUGGUACAAGCUUAACUUCGGCUUCUAGCUUAGCAGGUUUUGGUGGUUCAAACUUUGCUUUUGGUGCAAUAUCUUUUGCUCAAGAUCCAUUAUCAGUGUCAAAGCGACAACUUCGACGGAAAAGUAGGACAAAAGUUGGUCAGGAGAUGCUUAAUCCUAGUUUAAAUGCUGAUGUUCCUUUUGUUUCCCCUUUUGCGAAUAUGCUUCCAGCUACCUGCAGUUCUGUACGUCCAGAUCCUGCAGGAGACCUAAAAUCCAUACAAUCUGGUCCACAGAAUGUAGUUGAUACUAGAGUUGAAACUGGUACGAAACCAGAGGUCUUGAGGGAUCCAGUUACCACUGAUUCUGAAAUAGUUGCAGAGCAAGAAGCCUGUGAGAGAUGGCGUCUCAGGGGCAAUCAAGCUUAUGCAAAAGGACUACUGCUUAAAGCUGAGGAGUAUUAUACACAGGGGGUGAACUCUGUCUCUCGGAAGGAAAUUUCUCUAAGCUACAAUCGAGCAUUGAUGUUGUGCUACAGCAACCGUGCAGCUGCACGGAUGUCUCUUGGAAGAAUGAGAGAAGCCCUUAAUGACUGUAUGCUGGCUGCUGCAAUUGAUUCCCACUUUCUAAGGGUUCAAGUCAGGGCUGCAAAUUGCCAUCUUGCACUGGGCGAAAUUGAUGAAGCUAUGAAGUAUUUUAAGAAAUGCUUACUAUCAGAGCGUGACGGAAAUUUGGACCAGAAAAUAUUAAUAGAGGCUUCUGAUGGCCUUCAGAAAGCUCAGCAAGUGGCAGGUUACGUGGUUCAGUGUGAGGAACUUUUACUGAAAAGAACAUCUAAUGAAGUGGCAAAGGCCUUGCAUAUGAUCUCUGAUUCUCUAUCUAUAUGUACACAUUCAGAAAAAUUGAUGGAAAUGAAAGCAGAAGCUCUUCUAUUGCUUCGGAGGUAUGAAGAAGUAAUACAAUUUUGUGAGCAGACUAUGGAACAUGCUGAAAGAAAUGUUUUGUCCGGAACCAAUGUACAGUUGAGCAAAGUUGAUAAUUUUGAAGAUAUUCAAGUUAUUUCUGUGAGGCUUUGGCGUUGGUGCCUUAUUUCGGAGUCUAACUUCUAUCUAGGAAGACUCGAGGAAGCACUUGAUUUGCUAAAGAAACAAGAUAAAAUGAAAAAUAUAGUGGAAAAGAAUAGCAGUGGGCCUUCAGGAGCUUCAACAUCAUUGUUUGUUACAGUUCGUGAACUCUUGCGCCUAAAAGCUGCUGGGAAUGACGCUUUUAAAGAAGGAAGACAUGUGGAUGCUAUAGAACAUUACAGUGCGGCUUUAGCAUGCAGUACUGAAUCACGUCCUUUUGCAGCAAUAUGCUUCUGUAAUCGUGCUGCUGCAUAUCAAGCUAUGGGCCAAAUUGCUGAUGCCAUUGCAGACUGCAGUCUAGCAAUAGCUCUUGAUCCUAGCUACCUGAAGGCAAUUUCUAGAAGGGCCACCUUACAUGAGAUGAUCAGAGACUAUGGACAAGCAUCUAAUGACCUCCAUAAGCUCAUAUCUCUUCUGGAAAAGCAACCCAAAGAUAACGACAAUCAAGAUGGAGCUUUGGAAAGAUCAAUCAGUAAUAAUGGUGAUCUAUCUCAAGCCCGCUUGCGACUUUCUACUGUGGAGGAGGAGUCCAGAAAAGAAAUUCCUCUGGAUAUGUACAUGAUAUUGGGAAUUGAACCAUCAAGCUCUGCAGCAGAUGUAAAGAAGGCAUACAGGAAAGCUGCAUUGAGACACCAUCCUGACAAGGCUGGUCAGCUCUUAGCUAGGAGUGAGAACCUUGACAAUGGCGUUUGGAGAGAAAUGGCUGAAGAAGUUCACAGACAUGCUGAUAGAUUGUUCAAGAUGAUAGGAGAGGCAUAUUCUGUACUCUCAGACCCCAGCAAGCGCUUACAAUAUGAUGCUGAGGAGGAAAUGAGAACUGCCUUGAAAAGGGGCUAUGCCACUACUAGUACACCAAAAGCCCCAGCUGAUAAUUGUGUCAGUCAGUUUGACAAAAACAUGAACAGGCGUCAGUGGCAGACAUAUAGAAGCUCACAUCACAGAUGGUCAGAAUCUUCACAAUCAAAGCGGUAAUUUGAUGGAAGACUUGGGUCGUAUGUGAAAGUUUUACUCCAUUAAUUAAAGUUGAAAUCAGUGCUGAAAUCUCAAAAGAGCUAAUUUAGUGGUAUAUGUGGAGGGAAUUCAUUUAUUAAAGUUCACAUCAGUGCUGGGAGCAAGUCACAGAGAUGGAGUCUGUGGAUGGUUGGAUGCACUGAAAAUGACCUGGUUGCAUCCCCAAAUGGAAAAGGGCACAAGUACAGUUUUUAGCAUGACCUACUGAAAAAUUAUCAUCAAACUCAUGUUGCUAAUAUAGAGGUGACUGACCAAAGAAGCAGCUUGUUUUAUUGAAGAUGUCGAUCAUCAUGUCAGUCUUUUGCAAGCUGGUUGCUCUGGAUUAUUGUUUUGCAUCUCUUUAGUAUGGGGAAGAUGAAUGGCGUGUAUGUGAGCUCAUUGUUGUUCUCACUCCUUUAUCCAUGUGAUGAUGUUUGUAACAGCGAGUAGCAGCAACUUAAUUGUCCCUGAGAGUGUUCAGUGUUUUCACACCCCAUAUGGGAAGUGUGAACAAUGACUAGCAAAAUGUGUUUCAUCGGGUGUAUGAAAUUUUGUUAACCUUAUCCAGGCGUGUUUGUGUUGUAUCAUGAAAGAAAUAAAGGAAGCCGUGAGUGGGUUUUAAGGAA